UGUUUUACUUUUCGUGUCAAUGUGUGCCUGUAAUCAAAACCAAUUGUGACAGGUGUAAGUGCAUUAAAAAUCGAGAAUGUACGUGUUUAAAAUCGGUUUGUGUUGACCUGCUCAGUUUCUUUCGCGGUCGUACCAGGCAGGCAUCGAUUAGUGCAGCAAGGCGGCCUCUAAUAACGGCAAAUCGGGUCUCGGGACUAAUUUGUGGUGUGCGCCAUGGGCAAUAAUGCUGCCACCGCUAACAAGAAGGUGGACGCCGCCGAAAGCGUCAAAGAGUUUCUCGACCAGGCCAAGGAGGAUUUCGAGGAGAAAUGGAAGAAGAAUCCUACCAACACCGCCGGACUGAACGACUUCGAACGGAUAAAAACGCUCGGUACUGGAUCAUUCGGCCGAGUCAUGAUAGUCCAACAUAAACCGACGAAAGAAUAUUACGCGAUGAAAAUAUUAGAUAAGCAAAAAGUUGUAAAAUUAAAGCAAGUCGAGCAUACUUUAAAUGAGAAACGUAUUUUACAAGCUAUCAAUUUUCCCUUCUUGGUGAGCCUCAAGUUCCAUUUCAAGGACAACUCAAACUUAUACAUGGUUUUGGAGUACGUUCCAGGUGGUGAGAUGUUCUCACAUCUACGCAAAGUGGGUCGAUUUUCUGAGCCCCAUUCUCGUUUUUACGCGGCGCAGAUUGUUCUCGCCUUCGAAUAUCUACACUACCUUGACCUCAUCUAUCGAGAUCUCAAGCCGGAGAACUUGCUGAUUGACUCGCAGGGCUACCUUAAAGUAACUGAUUUUGGUUUUGCCAAACGAGUCAAAGGUCGUACGUGGACGCUAUGCGGCACACCUGAAUACCUAGCUCCAGAAAUUAUUCUUUCAAAAGGUUAUAAUAAAGCGGUCGACUGGUGGGCACUCGGUGUUCUGGUGUAUGAAAUGGCUGCUGGUUAUCCACCGUUCUUUGCGGACCAACCGAUUCAAAUAUAUGAGAAAAUCGUAUCUGGGAAGGUUCGUUUCCCUUCACAUUUCGGUUCAGAUCUGAAGGAUCUUCUCCGCAAUUUGUUGCAAGUGGACUUGACUAAACGUUACGGUAACUUGAAGGCGGGUGUCAAUGACAUAAAAGGUCACAAGUGGUUCGCCAGCACUGACUGGAUUGCGGUCUUCCAAAAGAAGAUCGAAGCACCAUUCAUACCGCGUUGCAAGGGCCCAGGAGACACCAGUAACUUUGAUGACUAUGAGGAGGAGGCAUUACGUAUCUCAUCGACUGAGAAGUGUGCAAAGGAGUUCGCUGAGUUCUGAGCAUGUACCUGGUGCCUGCGAGCGGACACUACCGUGAGUAGGUGUUUUGUAUUAGUGAAUCUUCCGUGACAUUGUGGUCAUGGAACCGUGCAAUGUGGGUCUGUUUCCUGGCAGCUUAGGGUGAUAAUAGACGCUGAAGCGCUCCCCGGCUGGAAUGGCAGAUGAAAUAAGUUCAAAGUGUAAGCAAGUCGGUAGUUAAAUUGAUUUCCGAUGUUUUGGUGGCGUUCAUUUGCUUUGUGCCCUAUUGAGUAAUAUAAAAGCAGAUAAAGAGGUACUUGAAGGUGUUCUUGUCCUGGUGAUAUUUCCAUGAUAUAUGUAAUUUACAUCUGUUUAUCCAAACGUAGGACAGCAAUCACAACCAGUUCUCAUUUUCAUUAUUUUUUUACCUGUAUUUGAAUAUGUGAGGUCACAUUACUAGAUUAUUUUCAUCAAAUAGCAAUGUAAUAUAUAUCAUGUACAAAUUUUAUAUUUCUUUUUAAUAACUUCACAAUCAACUAUUUCAAUUAUGAAUUUAUCUUACAUCACCAAACCAUCAAUUUGAGAUAUUUUGAUCACUAAUUUAUUAGUUUAUACAAAGAGUUUCCUAAAUCGUUUCUUGAUGGAUUGUUAUUUGUAGUUUUUAAUUGAUUGACAUUUUGUUAUUGGAUUAAUUUAUAGUUAAAUAAUUGUGUCAGUUGAUAUUUUAUAUAUUUCAUGAAACUGCGAUUGCAUCAGAUUUUGAAGAGAUUAAUUUAUUGUAUAUGUAAACAUGUAGUUGUUUUCACUUGUGCAAUUUGACAUACGUGUUUGUGAUCUGAUGUGAGGUUUCAUUUGAAUUUAAAUGUAAUAAUUCUUAGUUCCUUAAUUUGUAGGUAUUAAUGUACUUUUUAUUAUGAAAUCUGAUUAUUAUACAUUUCUAUUUAUUAUAAAGUAUAUAUCUGCAAACCUUGCACAUCAACCAAGCCCUGGAGUUUAAAACUUAUUGUUAGCAUCAGUUUUUUAAAAGCAAUAAAUAAAACAAAAAUCUUAUGUAUUCCAACCAUAACUGAAAUGAUAUUACUGUGUCACAAUAAAGUUACAAUUCAAUAUUAAAAUUCAGCACAAACUAAACCAUGAGAGAAUUUUUUAUAUUGACAUGUACAUUUUCAGAUAUGGCAGAAAUAUGUAAAAAUAUCCUAGUAGUAGAUAUUUAAUAAUGCCAAUACGGCAAUAUCUUAUCCGAGACUGAUGUUACCAAUAAGCGUAUGUCGUGAAUGUGGUAUUGCAAAUAUUCAGAUCCAACUGACGAGCACUCAGUAAUGUAACUGGCAAUGUUUACUAUAAAGUUUGUUAGCUAUUAGAUGUAGGAUUUUGAAUCCAGGCUGUACAAAUAAAUAUCUAGUAAUUUGUAGUGCAUUUUACAUUGUGGGAAACAUCAUGUGCAUCUGUGGUAAUAGUGAUUAGUUUGGUAUAUCCUGGGGAAGGCUAUUUAACUCGGCACAUAAACGUUUCUUAAAAACAUGCAUCUUUUAAAAUGUCUGUCAUAUUUAUUUGCGUUGACGUUUCAGUGUUUGAGUAGAAUUGAAUGCCAUAUCAAAAAAUUUGCUUACUUUUUUAAAUGUUGUCCAUAGAAAUUAUAAUUAUCAAUUCAUUUUUGUAAAGUGAAUUAUAAACUUUUUAGCGAGUCAGUUAUUCAGACUGUGAGACCCUUGUAUUGAAAGUUUUUUUUUUAAUAAUACCAGUGGUAUUGAUAUAUUCUAAUCAAAUAGAUACUUAUUAUAUUAAAACAUUAAUUAUUUGAAGUUAACCAAAAGAAUAAGUCUUUUAAAUUAUUUAUUUUUCAAUUCCUGCAGUUCUUCUAUAAUUUCCUCAAUCUGUUUUACUGACUAACUUAAAAGUUUGAAUUGGGUAAUAUUUUGUAUAUUUUAUAAUUUGACUUAAACUAAAUAGAUAAAUGUUUUUUAAUUGGUUUUUUUUAUUAUAUAUUAUUGUCUAAUUGGACUACUGCCUGUAAGAUGAUAAUUAUUUUUAUUGUUACCAAUGGUUAAUUCUAACUAAUCUUAAAAACUAGCACUAAAAUAAUGAUCAGAAACAAUGUCUUAGUGGUGAAGUGAGGUCAAAUGUUUUUUAAGUUAAUAUUUAUUUAUCAUGUUAUUAAUUAUUGGUGCCAUAAAAUAUAUAUUUGUUUUGGGAAUGGACCUUUUUGUAAAUAUUUAGUUAGUAAUUUAGUUUUCUUUAUGAUCAAUCUACAUAUAUAUAUAUAUAUGUUUUAGUUCAAUAUCUAUUAUCACACUGAAGUUGUCGCAUUUUCAGUAUUAUUAUUAUUCUUUGCACCAGUUAGUGAGACUAAGGACUUGAGCAUAAAAUCUAAUCCUUGCAAGUAACUAGUCACUUCUAUGUUAUACAUUUUUAUAAAUGCGUCAUUUGCUGUAUUACAUCAGCUCGGUGUCUAGGGUUAGGUAUUGUAAAUAGUUUGCUAAGUUUUACAUAGGUUUUGAUCAAUAAAUUAGGAUUUACUUUCUGACGAAACAUAUGUUACGGAGUUAUGUACAACCGUUAUUCGUGGGUUAAUUGUUAAAAAUUUCAUUUGAAAGACAUGGGUAACUUAUGAACAGAUUAACAGUAGAUUCGUAAAUAUUUUAUCUUUGUUUCGAUUAAUUGUUUAUCUUAAGUAAGAAAAUGAUGGUAGACACUCACCAUGUGGACAUUGUUUCAACAAGUGCUACAGAAGCAUUUCAAUAUCGCGUUUAUCUAAGCGUCUGCCGACGCGGAGGAUUAGUCGUCUCAAUUUAUAAUGAUUAUUUUUUAAUAGUAAGAGUAAUAAGAAUUUUCUGAUGUGUACCCUUCGUUACUAUUAUCAUUGUAUAUAUUUAGAGUGAUCGUGUCCCGUUAAAAUUAGGUGAUUCGAUAUCGGCUUUGAUAUCUGCAGACUUUCAUUCCAGUAGCUUCUCAACUUGCCCAUCAACAUAAUAUGGACAUUCUAAUGUGAACAUUUUAAAGCCAUUUUGGAUAUUAUAAACAUUAGUGUGACAUGAUGUGUAUUUGCGAAAUGAGUUGUCCUUUUUGUAUUUGUGCGUAUAAAUAUUAAAAUGUUCACGUAUAGAUCUAUUUAUCGAGUGCCUAUAGCAUUGAAAGUUCAAGUGUAAAAAGUCAGUUAAUUUCAGUAAUUAUUUGUCACCAUGUAUUGAUCUUCCAUAAAAUUACGAUGAAAUUAAAAAUAUCGAUGUAACAG